AGUUAGUAAAAAUCCUGAGCUGUCUGGGAAAAGAUGUCAGAAAACUCAAAAACUGCAGCAGGCUGAGUUGCGACAACUAGAUUUUCCAGAAGAUGGCAGUGUUGAGAUGGCAGUUGCUUCUUGGCCUCACUUGUCUGAAUUUCAAAGUUUUAAAUUGUCUAUGUCUGACUGACAGCCUUUUCCCUUGCAAUAACCUGUAACAACAGUCAAUUUUGACUAAAGUCACUUUUAAGAACAGGUGGGACAGAGAUAAUGCAUCCUGUAGCAAAAAAAAAUCACAAAACAUAGAAACUAAUGCUUCUAUGUCCAGAAGCUCUGUUGAACGUUGAAUGCAGUGGCACAUGAUGAUUUUAGCUCCUAAUAUUGUUCUAAUCCAUAAGUUCCUGCUGUCUGGGUAGUUGACCACCACAAUACAGUAUUGUAGCCUUGCAGGACUUGUGGGUGGAUCCAAAUUUUGCAGUUCAAUCAGCACCUAUCAGGAGAAUGGAAUCGCUGCUUUGAGCCUGAUGAACAUCACAGCGCUACUUAUCAGAUAAAUCUCAAUAAUUCUAGUUUAAAUCUUUGUUUACAUAAGAAACUCGCCUCAUAAAAAGCACUUCACACUGUGCCCUGUAAUACCAAUUACACAAACACCAUGUUUUUUGGAAAAUUAUAGAUUGUAUGUUUUGGUUUUUUGGUUUCACUCAUCUUUCUUAGCCUGGUUCAAAAAUGUCCAUCAUGAUUUGUUUUGACCCAGUCACCAUAAAAUAGUGAAAUCUGCAGAUAGUAUUUAUAAUGUUGGAAACCCCUGGUACAAGUUCCCGCUAGGCCAGGUACUAAACUAUCCCUGAGAUAUGCAUGCUGUUGUAUGCCAACUGAUGUAACAGAUUUUACAUGAAAACUGUGAUCAUCCUCUCGUGUGCAUGUCAAGCCUGAACUCUCACAGACAGACAGCUGCAUGAAGCUGUCACACACAUACAGUAUAUGUGCUUAUUCUAAAUUUGAUGCCAAUAAGAAUGAGGCAACAAAAGAAAUAAAUUGUGGAAUGCUCAAAAAACAUCACUUUGGGAUCUGGUGAUGCAAAAAAACAUUAAUCAAAUUAUUACAACUGAAUACCAUAAAACUUUUAUCAAAAGACAGAAAUUUUGCCAUACUGUUUAUAUCUGUGGUUGUUUGAGCUCAUACCUAGACUUGCUAAGUAGCAUUUAACUAUUUUGGUGACAUAUUAUAAUAGAAAUUGUUAUACCCAUGUAUGGUCCAGUCCAAGAACAAACUGUUGCUGUUUUCCAUCCACCUUUCAGACAUGGGCCUUGCAAUACUCCAAAACAUUGGUUGAAUACUUUUCUUUUGAAAAGUCAAACAGGAAGCGAUGUAUUUUUUCAUCGCGGAUAACUUGUAGACUUCACUUCAGAGUGGAAGUGGGAAAGUGUCCCACCAUUCAGCAGCGGAGCGACUCUGGGAGUUGUGGUGGACGCCUCUCACUCUCCCACGUCCCACUUCCAGUAACCAACACAGCACUGCUUGAUGAGCCCAGCCGCCAUCACUGCCCAUUCCCUCACACCUCCGCCGAGAGUUUUUGUCCUCAGUGGGGCUUCCCUGUCAGCACCUACUAGUAUCUGAAAACAGCUCGUACACGCUGGACUUAUCAAUACAGUAAUACUUUCAUCCUCUGUUUCUGAAUGACGGGCGGUCGCUUCGACUUUGACGAUGGUGGUACCUACUGCGGAGGCUGGGAUGACGGCAAAGCCCACGGCCACGGUGUGUGCACCGGACCUAAGGGCCAAGGCGAGUACUCAGGCUCAUGGUCCAGUGGUUUCGAGGUGGUCGGCGUCUACACCUGGCCUAGCGGGAACUUGUACCAGGGGUACUGGGCACAAGGGAAACGCCACGGGCUCGGCGUAGAAACCAAGGGGAGGUGGAUUUACCGGGGAGAGUGGACUCACGGGUUCAAGGGCCGAUACGGAGUCCGGCACAGCCUGAACACACUGGCCAGGUACGAGGGCACCUGGAGUAACGGAGUGCAGGACGGAUAUGGCGUGGAGACGUAUGGUGAUGGAGGUACUUACCAGGGUCAGUGGACUGGUGGGAUGCGUCAUGGCUAUGGUGUACGUCAGAGUGUUCCAUAUGGUAUGGCCUCUGUCAUCCGCUCACCUCUGCGAACUUCGCUGGCUUCCCUCCGCAGUGAGCAGAGCAAUGGUUCAAUACUGCGUGACAGCCUGUCCGACAGCCCUGCUGGCACACGUGGUGGCUUUGUACUCAACUUUCACUCAGAUGGAGAAGGUUCAGAGAAGAAGAAGGGUCUUUUUCGCCGUGGCUCCCUGUUCGGUAGUCUUCAGCGACUGCGCAAAUCAGAAUCACACUCAUCCAUUUCAAGUAAACGCAGCUCAGCACACAGUGACACCACCAUGAGCCGCAUAAGUUCAAGUGAUGCAAACUCCACCAUCAGCUUUGGAGAUGGAGACCCAUGUGAUGACUACCUGCCUCUGGAGGACUAUGUGGAUGCUACCACCACUGAAUCCUACAUGGGCGAGUGGAAGAAUGACAAGCGUAGUGGCUUUGGUGUCUCUGAACGUUCCAAUGGUAUGAAGUAUGAAGGCGAGUGGUUAAACAAUAAGCGCCAUGGCUAUGGCUGCACCAUCUUUCCUGAUGGCACCAAGGAAGAAGGGAAGUAUAAAAACAAUGUGUUGGCCCGUGGAAUUAGGAAGCAGCUGAUCCCACUGAAGAAUGCUAAGACAAAACAGAAGGUGGAUCGAGCCAUUGAGGGAGCAGUAAGAGCAGCAGCCAUUGCUAGAACCAAAGUAGAGAUUGCCAUCUCCAGAACGUCCCAUGCCCGGGCCAAAGCAGAGGCUGCAGACCAGGCUGCACAUUCAGCCAGUCAGGAUUCAAAUGUUGCCAGAGCUGUGGCCAGAGAGCUCUCUCCAACUUUCCAUCAGCCAGGCCCUGAUUACAUACGGCAGAAGUAUAAUGAGCCAGCAGAGGUGAAAGAUGUUCCUGUCGAAGAGAAAAAGGAAAAAUCUCCAUCAGGGAGCCCUCAUUUUUACCGGAAAGGCACAACACCUUCCCAGUCUCCAUCUCAGAGCCCAGGUCCCAGCCCUACUCCUUCACCCACAGCCAUUAAAAAAACCCUUUCCAGCGGCAAAACUUCCUCCACUGCUGGGAAAGAGAAUAAAACCCCAACAGCUGAGUCUGUGACAGCAGGCAUAACAAAGGCAGCAUCAAAACUUUCUGUCAGACAGGAAGUAAGACAACAGGAGGCUCCUCCAGCAGUCAGACCGGCUGUUACCACAACAGUCAGCAGUUACCCCAGCAAUGGGCAAAUUCACUCCCAGUACCAUGGUUACUACGUCAAGGCAGAUGUCAAAAUUCCACCACCCGAAGAGCCAGUUGGUGUGGAGGAUGAUUUUCACCCAUCAAGCCUUGCACGCUUGCCACCACCUGCCAAACAGAUUCGAGUGACAACACAAAAAUUCUUACCAGACCCUAGCCCUUCACCAGUUCCACCAAAAGACAGCACCAUAGCACUAGAGCCUCCAAAGCCAAAAAGACAGGAAUCAAUUAAACCAAAGAGCCUCACAGAAACCAAGAAAGCUAGUGUGGAAAUAGUUCCUGAAAUUGUAGAAGAGGAGUCGGGCCCUAACUCUAUAUUGGUGGCUCUAGUGAUGCUGUUGAAUGUGGGCCUUGCAAUCAUUUUUGUGCAUUUCCUCACCUGACCAAAUCUGAACUCAGUGGACUCAUCCAAACUUGUCAGCCAAGUGGCUAACUCUCCAUCAGCCAAAGGGGCCUUUUUUUAAAAAAAAAAACUGUUUCAGCCAGGACAGCAGACACAGGCAAAAUGGAGGACUGAAAAUAGCCUAAUGAAGGAGGAGGACAAGAAGAAGCAGAGAGAAGGGGAAAGCAGAGAGAAAGAUGAAACCUCCAUCACAACCCAUAACCCUACCCCACCCCCACCCCUUACCCUUGGUGUCUGAAUCCUUCCUGGUUGGACUGAUGAUGAUUUGUGACUCCACACUGACAACUGAAGAAAGCAGUCACUGCUCUGAAAGGGGCCUCUGGGCCCUCUAUCGGAGUUCGACAUAACAAGAGGCCUGGAGAUUACAGUGAAUGUUAGUAAGUGUGAGAUCUGGCAUUUAUACUGCUUAUAAAUGCCUAUAAGAUGUGUGCUUGUAUGUCUUCUCCAUCCAUCUGUUGGAGUGCUUCAAUUAAAAGCAUGUGUAAUCAGUCUGCUAUAUAAAACAAUUUUCAAAAAAGUUACCUUCAAGUUUUUGCAGUGGUUGUUGACUUUUGCUUCUAUUCACCUUUUUUCUUACAUAAAAAUCCAUCCCACCUAACUUAACCAAACUUGUGCAUAUCUCUGU